CCGGACCUCGACUUCAAAAGCACCGGUGCAAUUCGGCCGCUUCAAGUCACAGCUAGAAUUGACCCUGUCCUGAUUCUGCCAGUUUCACGCUACACUCCAUGGAUACCGACGCUGCCCAACAAUUUGAUUCUGCAGGUGAUCUCAAUGAGCUCGACAUAAAACUCAGACAGUUUCAGCUCUCUUCCAAACCUUCUAACGGGAAACUACUUCCUUCUCCAUACUUACCUCCUGAACUGAACAUCUCCGAAACACCCCAGAAUAAGCCGCCACGCAGGGCAUUCUAUGGCUUCGCUGUCUCCACUGACCUCAUGCUUGACUACGCCCUGCGCUGGUACGAGCGUAUCCUCACCCGCGAGAGCCUCAAGGACGUCGACCCUUUCUGGGUUACUGACAUCUGGGCGGGUGCUGCUCACCAACAUCUAGAGCUCGAUCCAGUACACCCGAGGUUGAACGUUCCCAUGGUUGAGACGCCCGACGGACUUCAGCCCUGUGUCGCCAUCUACGACAGCUAUGAUAUGAUUCGCUGGAAUUUGAACGAGGAGGAAGAGACGGAGUUUCUCGAGUUCAUCAAAAGUGAGCUCGGAUUGCCGGAGUCGCAGGAACCAUUGUGGUACUACUGCCACGGCCGGUGA